ACGGCCAAACCUGCGUGCAGAUGGAAUUGACAUGCCACUCUGGUUUGACGUUUUCCUAUCAAUAAUUUUAAUUGCAGUCUUGAUUCAAGUGAGUCAGGCCAAUUCUAGAGGAGCUGUUGCUCGUAACAAUGGACACGGGGCAACAACAAGAGCUGCGAGCAAACGCCAGACAAUAAUCAAGUGCUGCGGCGGAAAAAAGUGUUCUGCUCUCAAUUUCAACUCGACAAAAAGUCGCUCUCAAUCCGUACUGAAAACUGAUGAAAACUUUACUAAACUGAGAAGUCCAAGAACUUCAGAAAUUGCACUAUCUGAACAAAUGAGCACCACACAGAUUAACAUUGUCGGCAAUAGUGAUACCGAAUCCAGUGAUUUGCCUUUGUCAACGUUUAUCGAUACCAGCCCAAAUUUGAGCGAUAAGUCCACAUUGGAAUUUUUCCGAGAAAAUCAGUCUUCCUCAAAAUCAAUUUCAACCGCCUUGGAUGUACAAAUGCCGAGUUCAUCUUCUACUUUGAAAAAAGACACUCCAUCUGUAUCAAUCGCACUCCAGAAUUCAGAAACCACUAUUUCUAGCACUUCAGCGGUUGAUGUCCCGAGUGAAACAAAAUUAGACUCUGGACCAACGACUAUUCUUUCCGAAACGGCAACUCAGAUCUUAACUGAAACGACGGAAUCAAAAAUUUUGCUCUCAACUUCAAACCCUACACAAAUUCAAACCACUACUACAACAAUUCCAACUACUGAAACGACUUCAACGACCAUCAACCCAGCUCUGCUCGGGAAAUGUUCGACGAACGAAAUUGCUGCAGUCAACCGGUCCCUUUUUGCAACUAAUGGAGAGCUUGCUGAUCCAGACUUGCAUGGAUUCUGGCUGGACGCGUGUGGACAAACAAUUUUAUUAGGAAAAUCUCUGGGUACUUGGCACGAAAACUCUGACAAGUGCUUUGGCCUGAAAAUGAAGCCGUUUGCCUUUGAGAGUAAAGAGAAGCUUGAAUGCAUGAAACUCCAAGCAAAGAGCUGGAAAUUUAACAUGAAUUACUGGACGGGCGGCGCGAAGGAUCUGGCGAGCGGCACCUUUGGGUGGUGCUCGGCCAACGGUUCCGUGCCCUGGCAGGACGUCCUGCCCUUGUCCAACCCUGCCAAGGACCAGAAUUGCGUCCAGAUGCAAAUUUCCAAAGCAAACGGCUCGGUUUCGAUCAGCGGCAGGCGUUGCUCGGACAAAACAAUUUUCGCCUGCCAGGGUCCGCCGACGAAAGGUCCCAAGUGCGCAAGUCCUGUUUGCCCAAACAUCACCUGCCAGAGAGAUCCUAUGCUUUUUACUUCAACGGCUAAUGGAAAAUCAAUGGUUUUAAAAAACGUUUCUUCCUAUGGAAAAUUGUUUACCUACAGGCUGCGCAACUAUCUUUUCAGCUUCAAAAGUGACACCAGGACUUAUUUAGAAGCGAUGAAAGCGUGUUGUGAUCUGGGCAUGUCCCUGCUGAGCUUGGACUCGCCACGCAAGUACGACGCUUUGGCCACCAUCGGCAACAUCAGCGAAAUGAGCAAAGAGGCUCAAAAUUUGACCUUCUGGACUUCGGGGUCGGAUGAGGGCUGCGAGUCUGUUUUUGGAUUCUGUUCGGCCAAAAGAUUGUUCCGCGGCGAGGCCCAGUGGCUGCCUGGACAGCCGGACAACGCUCGAGGAAAAGAAAACUACGUUGCAGUCCACAUUUGGCGUCAAAAGGGACAAGUUCUGCUCGCUGAUUACGAAGGACAGACGAAAUUCAGAUACAUUUGCGAGAAAUUAGGCAACCCUCAGACAAAGAGUGGAAAGCAAGCUAUGGUGGACGAAUGUUCAAUUAUUUUCAAUGUCACUUCCACCGAAAUCGAUUUGCUGCGAAACAUGACGAAAUUUGACUUACGGAUCAAGUGUUUUUUGCAUUGUGUUGGAGACGCUGUGGGCCUGCUGGUCGGCGGGAAUUUUGUGGCGAGCGAGGUUUUCGCAAUGCUUGAGAGUAUGAAUCUGAAAAACGCGGACGAGCUGAUGAAAAACAUGGCCAUCGUUGACGAGUGCAACAAUAAAACUUUGGGAAUGGACGAGUGCGACAAGGCGUAUCAGUUGACCAAGUGCGCCAGGGACAAGUCGCCGGAGGUUUUUGACCAAAUGAUCAAGGACUUGGAUAAGAAGGAGGCAGACAAUGAUGAACUGGUUUCUAAGUCGUACGGAUGUGGAAAUUCGUCCAACUGCACCAUUGACGUAGUUGCAAGGAACAAUCUGACCUCAUUAAAUCUGAAUGCUUCAACUUGCGUCAACUACACCGACGGAGAGUGGGUUUGCAAAUGCAGUAAUUCAAAGAUGUACAAUAUGAGAUAUCAAAAUGGAUUGAUUUAUAAUUACGUACAAGCACUCAAGUUUUGUUGCGAGCGCGGGAUGCGAUUGAUAAGGACGUCCAAUUUUUUUGCAGCUGCAAAAUGCAUGCAGGCGGCCGGGAUUGCUAAAGUUAUUAAUCAGCGGUACUCAGAUCGCUUUUGGACGAUGACAAACUCUCUCGUCGUUGACUUGACGAGCGGAAUCAGCUAUGAUUGUGAAACGCAAACAGAUUAUCUGCCGCAAAAUCUUAAUCCCGGUUUCCAAAUGGAUUAUGAUCCAAGAGGCGCGUAUGAUGGUGGCACUCUGAAUAUGAAUGUUUACCUUGACUAUGCGGCGCCGCCGAGAUUCAAAUUUUCUCCUGCAAACUCCAACCAACCUUUAAUAUGCGAGGAGAUUUCUUAAUUAGAAUAAAAAUUUAUGAAGUUAAUUUUGGACGUUUAUCCUCAGCGGAUUUUUAAACCUCAAUAACCUUUUAUUUAGGGCGAUCCAAAAGCCUAACCUGGCCCAGGCUAACUUGACUUAGCCCCGGGCCAGCCAGCAAAAUUUAAUGGCGGGUUAAAUUAGCCCGGGCCAGGUUAAUUCAGCCUGGGUCAAGUUAGCCAUUUGGAUCGCCCUCAUUAUUUUUAUCGGUUUUAUUAACAAAAAUUAAUUUAUCUAAAAAUGUUUACCUUCAAUUUGACGUUUUCGAAACAAUUUCGACUGCUUUUAAUUAAAUCUCUCCUAAUUGAUAACUUACAAAGAAAAGACUGUUAUAAUUUUCUUUUUAUAAAAAUAUUAUAAUGUGCUCUUUGGCAUUUUCCUAUUAUUUUCAUUAUUUUCUACAUUUGUCUCUCAGAAACUGGUCUCAGAGCAUAAAUAUUUUGUAUGCAAUCCAAAUAAUCCAAUCUGUUAUUGUUAUCAUUAAAAAUGUGGCAAAAAUUGUUAUCUCUUCGCCGCAGUUUUGUUUUGAUUGUAAUAAUAAUUACUCCUUCAUAAGUUUAUUAACUCUGCCACACUGUCACCGCAUAUUCAUACGUGCUUUCCCCCCAGCAAAUCAGAAAAUCUUAAAGCAUUUUCUCACGGUAAAAUCGUGAAGCGAACAAGACAAGUUGAGGCAGUGAAGGACGAGUGAUCUAUACAUCUUAUUGUUCUUUCAAUCCCCAUUUUCCCCCCAAAUUAG